CUUUUAGUUCGUGUACGCUCUGUUUGGCUGCUGAGAAACUGUUUGAGAAACUGGUAGCAUGUGGGGUUUGUUCAAGGCCAAGGUUAAUCACAGUAAUAAGACCCUGAGUUGAAACUGGACUUCUGUUUUCAGUACAGGUUCUCUCAGGUUCCUAUGGUUACUUCAGGGGAAUGUGCACCAGGUGAAGUUGUUUCUGAUAAAUCUGGUGAUGAAAUUCACAGGCUGCAUUCAUCACAACAGAACCCUGAUUAUGAAAUUCAAGCAAAACAAUUAGCUCAAGAAGCAAACAGGCCCUCUUCAGUACCUGAGAAGUCUUCACAGGUACCUGAUGCUGCAGUCCCUACAAUGCAAUCAGAUCAAGUAGGAAGUACUUCCUCUAUAGUUUCUGAGAAAGUGUCACGAGCCCCUGAUACUAGUGGUAUUCUUGCCUUGCAAUCUGGCCAGGAGGCAAGCACACCAGCUAUAAUACGUGAGAAAGUGGCAGAAGAUGGAUAUAAUUGGCGGAAAUACGGUCAGAAGCUUGUUAAAGGAAAUGAAUUUAUUCGGAGUUAUUACAAAUGUACUCAUCCAAACUGCCAGGUGAAAAAGCAACUGGAAAGGUCACAUGAUGGGCAGAUUGUAGAUACUACCUACUUUGGCGAGCAUGACCAUCCAAAACCUCAACUUAAUGUCCCUGUAGCUGUUGGUUUCACUGUUUCCGUUGUAGAUGAAAGACCAAAUGAGCCCUCUUCAACUAGUGCGGAAGACAAAUCAUUCGUUGAGCUUGGCCAGACACCUCAUCAAAUGGAGUCAGUAGAUCCCCCCCAACCAUUAACAGUUGCAGCAAGUGAUGAUGUGAAAAGUAUGCUUUCAGAAACAAAUAGGAUGAGGCAUGAGGUUGAUCAUGAUGAUGAUCGAGACUCAAAAAGACAGAGAAAAGAAAAGUGUACUGUUGAUGCUGUUCCAGUGGAUAAGCCAAGUGGUGAACCUCGUCUUGUUGUUCAGACUUUGAGUGAGGUUGAUAUUGUAAAUGAUGGGUACCGCUGGCGCAAAUAUGGGCAGAAAUUUGUGAAAGGCAAUCCAAACCCAAGGAGUUACUACAGAUGCUCAAAUCCUGGAUGCCCGGUUAAGAAACAUGUAGAGAGGGCGUCUCACGAUCCGAAAGUGGUUAUAACCACAUAUGAGGGACAACAUGACCAUGAUAUGCCUCCUUCAAGGACUGUUACUCAUAACACAGCCGGACCAAGCGUUCAUGUGACCACCCAUAACGGUGAGGCAGGCAUGAAAUCAGAGGAAAGUAAUGCUGUGUCCCUUGACACGGCAGUUCAUGCCAGUUCAGGUCCUGAAUUUGAACCAAAUGGUGAGUCAACAACUAAAUCAGGAGUAAGUAGCGUUGUUGGCUUUGAAAUGGUUGUCCAUUCUAGUUUGGGUCCUGAAGGUAAAUCAAGUGAGCAACUGAAAGGCAAGCUGAGUGCUGAGUCAAGAACUAAAUCAGAAGGAAGUGAUACUGUUUGCCUUGAUAUGGUUGUUGUUCAUGAAACUCCAGGGCUCGAGGGGACUAAUAUAAUAAAGGAACGACAAACACCAAAUGCAGAUUCUGUCUGGCUCAUGAUGCUGGUUCUGAUUGCAGCAAGUCACAUUUGCCCUUAUGAAUGGUGUUUCUUGACAUGGAUCAGCACAGGCAUGUGGGUAGUUGGGGUUUUCGUUUUUAUCAUCCCCUUUUCUUCUUCUUGGGAGUUUGUUAUGCCAAUAAUUGGCAAGAAAAUAUUGGAUGAGCAUCAUCAGGUUUGUAAAAAAUUAUUUCUUUGGGUCAAAUAAUAACAGAAGUAGAUUUUCUCCGAGUA